AUGAGUGGAGACAACCAGACUGGGACAUCCGACUUCCUGCUCAUUGGACUCUCAGAGAAUCCCAAGCAGCAGAGAAUCCUGUUUUGGAUGUUCCUGUCCAUGUACCUGGUCACAGUGGUGGGGAAUGUACUUAUCAUCUUAGCCAUCAGCACUGACUCCCACCUGCACACUCCUAUGUACAUCUUCUUGGUCAACCUCUCCUUCACUGACCUCUUCUUUGUCACCAACACAGUUCCCAAAAUGUUGGUCAAUCUCCAGUCCCAGAACAAAGCUAUUUCCUAUGCAGGAUGCCUGACACAGCUCUACUUCUUGAUUUCCUUGGUAACCCUGGACAACUUUAUUCUUGCAGCAAUGGCCUAUGACCGCUAUGUGGCCAUUUGUCGCCCCCUCCACUAUAGCACAGUCAUGAAUCCUGGCCUCUGUAUUUUGAUCUUGGCAUUCUGUUGGAUCCUUUCUGUCCUUUAUGGUCUCAUCCUUACUCUUCCUAUGACCAAGGUGUCGUUCUGUGGGCCCCGGAAAAUCCACUAUAUCUUCUGUGAGAUGUACGUUCUGCUGAGACUUGCAUGUUCUGACACUCAGGUCAAUCACAUAAUACUGAUUGCCACUGGCUGCUUCAUCUUCCUCAUUCCCUGUGGGUUCAUGAUUGUGUCCUAUGUCCGAAUAGUCAGAGCCAUCCUCCGAAUAAUCUCCACCUCUGGGAAGUACAAAGCCUUCUCUACAUGUGCUUCCCAUCUGGGUGUGGUCUCCCUCUUCUAUGGGACACUUGGCAUGGUAUAUCUUCAGCCUCUCCACACCUAUUCCAUGAAGGACUCUGUGGCUACAGUGAUGUAUGCUGUAGUGACACCAAUGAUGAACCCUUUCAUCUACAGCCUGAGGAACAAGGACAUGCAUAGGGCUCUGGGGAAACUCUUCCUACGGAAACACUUUCAGAGACUGACAAAAGGAUAA